AUGUCAAGAAUCUACGAACUUUCAGCGGACGAUGUCGAUGAUUUCGACUUCCCUCUCGAGGCCAGCUCAUCGAAUAUGCCCGGAAGCUCAAGCGGACCGAGUACGUUGCCAAACAUGGCCGGAAUGCCAGGAAUGCCACAAAACAUCCCGGGACUUUCGAACAUGCUGGCAGGGAUGAUGGGCGCUGGAAUGGGUCCGGAGCCGCCGAUGAAGAAAGAUGUCAAUCGUUCGAGAACGAAAAAAUGGGAAACUAUCUACCCCCGCUAUCUUGACUCCAAAGCUCCCUGUAAAACCGGUGGAAGACGUGUCGCCUUAAAGUACUCCCUACGCUGGCCGCUUGCUCAACUCAUCCAACACGCCUGCACACAGAUCGGUCUACCUUGUGAGCUAGAAAACGAUAAAGUCCAUCCAGCAGACUGGCAAAAUCCUGGACGAGUUAAGGUAUUAAUCAAAAGAAACAACAAGCCCAUUGACCCUUCAAUCCCAAACAAAUACGCUUUACUAUGUAAAAUCGGAUCACUCCUGAGACCUCUAGAAACCAUCCGACUGAAGUUACCUCCACCUACGGCUAAAGAUCGAAACUCGACCCCACUUCCUAAUAUCAACCUGCGCCUGCCAUAUAAUUCACCAGCAGUAUCCCAUGGAUUUCUAGCGAUGGCUGAAACGGAGGCGCAGAAACCCACCGACCCAUCUGUCCCCGCUAUCGAGGAAGCACCGGGUGGCAAGAACAAGGCAACCAAGGCGUCUGCCGAGACCAAGAAGAAUGUCAAAGCUACACCAAAGAAAAAGAAGGGCAAGAAAUGA